AAAACAUCAACAAAAGAAAAAGGACAAUUGUACAUAUAAAACCAAAGCUUUUUUUGAAAGAUGAAUCGAACGAAUUUAAAUGAAGUUACCAAUGGAGAGCAGCACACCACCAGCAGCACAAAGCCGUCAGCCAAACGGACCAACGGAUUGUACAAUCCCGUGCAGGAAAAUGCAAGCUAUGGCAGCUACGAGAUGGUGCAGGAAAUCGCCACUUAUCUGCUGGACCGCACGCGCAUCCGUCCCCUGUGCGGGAUCAUCUGCGGCUCGGGGCUCGGCUGCCUGGCCGAACAGCUGACCGAGGUGGACUGCUUCGACUACGAGACGAUCCCGCACUUUCCCGUCUCGACCGUGGCCGGCCAUCUGGGACGGCUGGUGUUUGGCUAUCUGGCCGGUGUGCCCGUGCUCUGCAUGCAGGGACGCUUCCACUACUACGAGGGAUACUCGCUGGCGAAGUGUUCCAUGCCGGUGCGUGUGAUGCGCCUGGUCGGCUGUACGCACCUGAUCGCUACGAAUGCGGCCGGUGCCAUCAACAGCAGCUACCGCGUCGGCGACAUCAUGCUCAUCAAGGAUCACGUCAAUCUGAUGGGCUUCGCUGGCAACUGUCCACUGCUCGGCCCGAACGAUGAGCGCUUCGGGCCCCGGUUUCUCGGCAUGGCCAAAGCGUACGAACCGGCCCUGCUGCAGGCGGCCAAAGAGGCGGCCACCCACGUGCCCGGGCUGCAGAGUGUGUUGCGCGAGGGUGUGUACUGUUGUGUCGGCGGUCCCAACUUUGAAACCGUGGCCGAGGGUCGGCUGAUGGCGCUGCUCGGCGUGGACGCGAUCGGCAUGUCGACCGUGCACGAGAUCAUUACGGCCCGGCACUGCGGCAUGACCUGCUUCGCCUUCAGCCUGAUCACCAACAUGUGCACGAUGAGCUACGAGGAGGAGGAGGAACACUGCCACGAGACGUUCGUGGACGUUGGCCGGCAGCUGGAGCAACGUAUCUGCGAUCUGGUGACGCGAGUCGUCAGCACGCUUCCUGCAGUGGGUGCAAACGGACAUAAAGAGUAGUGCACAUCGCACAACAAACUAUCACGCAUAGUGGCGUGACCUACGUGACCACGUGGACAAAUGCGGCGCAUUAGAGAUCAAACAUCACAUCAAACAAUAAAUGUUUCACUUUGUUAACCCAUUUAACUACCAUCGUUUGUUUGUUUAUUGUUGCCGUUCUUUAUAUGUGUUGUUGUUUUGCUUUUCUGUUGUGUGGAUGUUUUACGCUUUCAGUUAUUUUAUCAUGUUUUUUGUUGUUUAUAUUAGCUGGUUUCUCUGCUUUCGUUUCGCUUUUCCAAUUAGUUUAUUAUGUUCUUAGAUUAUUCGACGCUUUCUUUACGAGUAAAUGUAUCUUAUGCACUUUUCCUUUUUUUAACCUUUUCUUGUGUCCUUUUCAAACGCAUAGUAAUACUUUUAGUGUUUUCAUGUCUUGUCAACUUUAUCGAGCGAAUUGGUUGGAGUUGUUCUUGUACUUCCCAAUCGCUCCAGCCACUUGCAUCGAUUUGAGCAAAAACAUUGUACUUGUACACUAAUCAUUUACUCUAACUCUCUCUUUCUCUCUCUUCUCCAGUUUUAAUAUCUCAAGUAUAGCUGUGUCCAGUAUGCAGUAUAGUUUCGUUCAUCGAUUUGGUGCCAGUUCUGUUUAAUUAGAGGAAAGUGACUGUAGUUUCAUAACUUUUGUUCCUAUCAAUGCUUUCGUUUGCUCCAAAAUCCAAAAAAAGUGCAUGAACAAAAAAAUAAUAUCAUGCACAUUCUACAGGGGGGGAACUCAAAGUCCGUUUCAAAAGCGAGUUCCUUGAGGCGGACUUGUAUGAUUCGUCUAAAUCAUUUUUAGGUUUCAUGUUUCAGCUUCUUGACAUUAAAUUUCGGUUUUUUUUUGUGGCUAAAUAUUUCAAACUUUUUCUUUCCUAGAGAUAGCGUUAUCAUAGAAUUGAGGUAAGAAAAAGGGGGAUAAAAGUGUUGUUUUAUCUUAAAAUUGUGUGUUGUUUUCUUUUUUUCUCAAAGAGAUCUUCCUUUAUGUUUCCCCGUGUGUUUCCGUGUGUAAUGUAUGUUUGCUUAAUUAUUUCAUUUCGUUUUAUCAUAUGCUUCGAUGGCAAAAUCCAUAAAUUCACUUAAUAUCAAAUGAGCAGUUUGGUUUUAUCUUGUUGCCGUUUUGUAGAUAUUGGUUCUGGGGUAUUAAUUCCGUCUUUUAAGUGGUUCCUUCUUCCUCUUCUUUUUUUUUUGGCGUUCAUUUUUCAUUCAUCAUCAAACAUACGGGAAAGAUCGUCGUACACGUGAUUAGUUAAUGUGUGUGUGUUAUAGUUGGGAGCAAAACUUGGAUCAAAAGAUUUAAUACAAAAAUUGGACAAUGUUGAGUUUUGAGGGGGCGAGGAAGUUCCUGGGACUACACUGGGUAUGUAUAUCGUAAUACAGCUUGGUACCGGGGUUUGGUUCUCCUGGUUUACUUUCCAUUUACUUCACUAUCCCUGUCUUCCGCAGUUGUGUGUGUUUGUGAGUGUUUUCACAUUUAUCAUCAUUGGUUUAUAAUUUGGCGGUGGAUUUGUUGGAUCUACUUUGAGAUUUAACGGCUUUUUCUAUGAGUUUUGCGUACAGUUCAUUUCUUUUUUAUUUGAAUCGAUUCUCUGCGUCCUCCAUUAUCGCACUAAAUCAUAACACUGUCAAUGACUAAGAUGAGAUGACUUUUGCUUUCCAAACAUGUCACGCAAGGUUUGAAAUGCUGAAGCGAACCUGCCGCCUCCGCCCACUGUAAUUGAUGUAAUACGCAAAAUAAGUCCAACGAGCGGGCGCAAAUUAUGCUAAGGCCGUUGAGCGCUUGCCCGUUCUUACGACGCACGAACAAUGUCAUAACUGUGCUGGCGUGUCGUCGCCGUACCCUGGUUGGUUCUGCUCAAAAGCGGCUGAUUAUUUUCUAAUCAUUACUUCACCGACGACGACGACGACGAUCGACAGCCGGCCAGGUCAAAUGUGAUUCGUCAGCAGCGGCAGCAACCGCGACCAGACGGCAUGCGAUGGAAUCGGUCCAACAACAGUUCCACAGUCCUACAACAAUUUUGUUUUCGAAAAGCGGUCGCAAAAAAAACACACAUGUCGGAACCGAGAACAUCGUCAUCCUCACCCUCGAAUCCGCAGCAGAGGUGAAAGGUUAAUGGGUUUGCAUCGUGGCGCGAUUCGAUAGGGUCGGUGGCGGCAAGCCCUCUCUUCGCAAUGUGAUGUGGCUUCAGAACGGAAACCACACACGCACACAGCACGUAUCAGGCUCGUAAAAUAGUAACACUCAUUUGCGCAAUUAUUUGCCAUCGAUGAUGGGAAAACCUGCCCGGGCAGUGAAGAGAGGAUAAGG